AUGUCCGUGCUCGUCACAAAGAUGUAUACAGUGUGUGUGUGUGUCGGAGUUUUUGUCUUCGUUAACGGUUAUGUUAAUGUCGCCUACAACAAACCAGCAUACCAACAGUACCCAAAGAAAAAUGACACAUAUGACGCCAGUAACGCUGUAAACGGACGUAAAUCAGACCUGAGUGGAUGGGGUGGUAAAUGUGCUGCAUCAUAUGGUAAAAAUAACGCCACCUGGUGGGUGAACCUGACCACCAUCCACAGCAUUCAUCACAUCACCAUUUAUUUCAGAACGGACAAUGUUCCAUGGGGUCCUUCUAAUUUGCUAACUAAGUACAUCCUUGGAUUUUCGGUGUACGUCUCCAAUACAACAGACAGACUACAGGGAACACUGUGUUACAAGGACGACAACUUUACACUAGACACCAUACCUGCUGUCUUCACCACCACCUGUCCUGUACAUGGACAGUACGUCAUCUACUACAACGAGAGACUACUAGGAAUUACCUACCCUUACGAGUACUCGGAUUCUGUUGACAGUGACCUCUGUGAAGUGGAGGUGUAUGGUUGUCCUGUUACCGGAUGUUACGGGUCAAACAAUACCCUCCCAUGUCCAGACGUUAACUGUCAGUACUGUCACAUAGAGACGGGCACCUGUCAGGGCUGUAAACCUGGAUACAAAGGUCACCGAUGUGAACUAGCUUGCGACAAAGGAUUAUUUGGAUCCGAAUGCAAAGAUACAUGUGGACACUGUCGAGAUGUAAAACAGUGUUCUAAUAUCAAUGGAACAUGUUUAACUGGGUGUGAUGCUGGCUAUCAAGGGGGCUUGUGUAAAACUCCAUGUGACAAAGGGUUGUAUAGUUUGGAAUGCAAAGAUACAUGUGGACACUGUCGCGAUGUAAAACAGUGUUCCAAUAUCAAUGGAACAUGUUUGACUGAAUGUGAUGCUGGUUAUCUAGGGUGCUUGUGUAAAACUCCAUGUGACAGAGGGUUGUAUGGAUCUGAAUGCAAUGAAAUAGGUGGACACUGCCGUGAUGUAAAACAGUGUUCCAAUAUUAAUGGAACAUGUACUUAGGCUGUUUGUGUUUAUUACAUCAUGUAUCAAUGGUUUGUUUACAAGUACGUGUUAACAUUGUUCCUCUGUGUGGGUUGAUCUAGGUUGUCU